AUGGCCAAGGAAGUAUUGAUUACAUCACCAGGAAAAAUAACAUCACACGUCACCUUGUCGCUGCUGGCAGUGGCAGUCCUCACUUCAUUUGGGAGUUCUAUGCUCUAUGGCUUUAACCUGGCUGUGGUCAACUCUCCUGCCAUGUACAUUAAGGACUUCUAUAACCAUACCAUUGUGAGUCGAAAUGGGACUGGGCUCAACGGGGAGGCCCUGACGCUCAUGUACUCACUCACCGUAUCCAUCUUUGCCAUCGGUGGCCUGAUCGGCUCCUUGAUGGUGGGCAUGCUCGUCACCAAAUUUGGAAGGAAAGGAACCGUGGUCAACUCAACUGUGCUGGUCUUCAUAGCAGGCUCCCUUCUGGGCUUUAGCAGAAUCUCCAACUCACCUGAGAUGGUCAUUUGUGGUCGUUUCAUCACAGGAGUACAUUCAGGGAUCUCUCUGAGUGUGGUGCCCAUGUACCUGGGGGAGAUUGCUCCUAAAAACCUGAGAGGCUUCUUGGGCCUCAUGCCCAGUAUCUUUAUCUGCACUGGGGUCUUCUCUGCUCAGCUUCUGGGUCUGCAUGAACUCCUUGGAAAGGAAGAACACUGGCCCUUGUUACUCUCCCUGGUGGUUGUCCCAACAUUCAUCCAGGUGAUGCUGUUGCCAUGGUUUCCAGAAAGUCCUCGUUAUUUGUUAAUUGAGAAGCACAAUGUCCAUGCCACCAUCACAGCUCUGAAGUGGUACAGGGCCAAGUGUAACAUCCAGGCUGAGAUUGAAGAGAUGCAGGAGGAGCAGCGCUCCCUGUCUACAGUGGAGACUGUGUCUGUGUGGCAGCUCCUACUAGACCGCACCGUCCGCUGGCAGGUCCUCUCUGUGGUCGUCAUCAACAUUGGGAUGCAGCUGUCGGGUAUUGAUGCAAUCUGGUUCUACACCAACGACAUCUUCCAUAAUGCAGGAAUUCCAGCCCCUGAGAUCCAGUACACCACUGUAGGAACCGGGGCAAUAGAGAUCAUUGCAGGCUUAAUAGGGUGUUUUACUAUUGAACGGCUUGGAAGAAGGCCAUUGAUAAUUGGAGGUUUUGGGGUUAUGGGAAUGUGUUGUGCUGGAAUAACACUUUCCCUCAUACUACAGACACAUGUGCACUUCAUGAAGUAUGUGAGUGUGGCCUGUGUGGUUGGUAUCAUUGCUGGGUUCUGUAUAGGACCAGCGGGAGUUCCUUUCCUGAUCACGGCUGAGCUCUUUAAGCAAUCGCAUCGUCCUGCCGCAUACACUGUGGGAGGCUCUCUCAACUGGAUGGCCAACUUCACCAUUGGCUUUAUCUUCCCUUUUUUGCAGAUGUCUGCAGGAUCCUACUGCUACCUGGUGUUCUGCAGUGUGUGCUUGGCUGUAGCUGUGUACGUGUUCUUUAUCAUUCCUGAGACGAAGAACAAGACGUUCAUGGAGAUCAGUCAGAUGUUUGCUACUAAAGAGGCACUGGUAGAGAGCCAGGCCCUGAACCACAUGGAUCAACUCCACCUGAAGAGGAUCAAUGGAUAUGGAGCACUCGAAAAUAGCUCAUUCGAGUCUGACUGCUCCUCCUGUCCCUGA